UUAAUGCCUGUGGGGACUCAUCAUCAUCUGAUUCCCGAUCCAGGAGCGACUCUGGCUCCUCUUUGAGCGACCCUAGGGCCGAUGAGGUUCAGUUCGCUCGUAAGCUCAACGUCCUCCUAAAGGCAAACCCAGGCUACCACAUAGUCCAACAAAACGGCCAAAGGGUUUUUGAAGUGGUACGUGCACCCCAAUGCUCCAAAAACACCCCAAAGGGCUGCGAAGUUUUCAUCGGGAACAUCCCGAAACACGUGUACGAAGACGUCCUGGUUCCCCUAUUCCAAGAAGCGGGAACCAUUUACAAGUUUAGACUUAUGCUGGAUUUCAGUCAAAAAACUAGAGGCUACGGCUUUGUACGCUACUUUGAUCCAGCAGACGCGCAACGGGCCAUAACGAUCUUCAACGGCUACGAAAUAAUACGAGAUGUUAAAUUAGCUGCUUAUCUGAGCAUCGAUAAUUGCCGUCUGUUCGUCGGGAAUAUUCCAAAAGAAAAAACCUCUCAAGAUAUCUUGAAUAUUUUCCGGGAGUCCGUGGAGGGAAUUUCCACGGUCAUCAUGUAUCCCAGUGCACAAAACCCAAACCAUAACCGUGGCUUCGCCUUCGUAGAAUUCGAGACCCACCUGGAGGCGUCUAAAGCAAGACGUCAGUUACACCCCCGAAACUUAUGGGCGUGGAAUCAACCCUUGUACGUGGAUUGGGCAGACCCUAUUCCCGCAGUCAGUCCGACCGUAAUGUCCCAAGUAUCGGUACUAUUCUUAAAUAAUUUACCCCACGAAAUGACCGGUACGGAACUAGAACAAGUGAUCAGGGCUUUGGUGAACCCUUACGUUAUCACCCGAAUCCAUAAGGUGGUGACUUUUGCUUUUAUCAAUUGCUUGGAUAGACCUUCCGCUGAAUUUGUUAAGGAAUGUUUAGUUGGUCUUACAUUGUUCGGAAGAGAUAUUGCCGUGGACUGGGCAAGGCCACGGGAGUAUAGCAGCCAUGGACGUCAAAUGGCUCCGGACAACUUUUGCUUGUCUGUUCCAAUUUCGCGUAGAAGGGCCAUCAGGGAAAUGACCACCAUAAGAAGAUCGUCUCGCACUUCUAAGUCUAAGGAAACCAUAAGUUUUUUAAAUGAGGAAAAUUAAACUGAUGUAACCUUCUUGACUUAUAUUAAUAAUAUCUAAUUUCAUCUAUAAAAAAAACAAUAAUUUAAUUAUUACCCUUCGCGUAUAAGGACUAUUGUCACUUAUUUAUCUCUAGGUUAGUCUUUUUCUAGCUUUUGUAUGUUCAUUAUUAUUGAUUUAUUUAUAAUAAUAUGGUUAGCAGUGAGAUUUAAUAUGCUAUAUUAGGUAAUUAGGCAUGUUUUGAUAAUUUCUUAAAAAUAUUACAAAUUUUUUAAAGUUUUCAAAUGUUCAUAUUAAACAAUUUGCAAAAAAAUAGUUAACCUUGCCAAACGUUUCAUCACAAAUUUAUGCAAUCUCCAGGGACAACGUUUUUUAAGUCUUUUGUUUCAUUUUAAUUAUGACACAAUUAAUAUACAUUGAGCAUGUUUAAUAUUCUUGUAAUCUUUUUGUCUUGUAGGUUAGCUUUAUUGUGUAGUAUAUAGCAUUAGUCUAUUUUUGUAAUCAUUAUUACCCUAUUUAAAUAAAUUGCAAUGGAUUAAUUAA